AUGUCUCGCCAUCGGGUGAAAAAUAUCAGUUACGACGAUGACGACUUCGACGAUGAAGUCGAUGCUGACGAGAAUGAGCUCUCCCCCGAAGACCGCGAGCAGAUGAAACUCCGAACCGUCGAGGUGCAACAGCUAUUACGGUCUCUGAUACCACCUAUCGAAGCUAAGGAAGAUGAUAUCUGGGAGGCUCUUUGGCAUUAUUACUACGAUGUAGACAAGUCUGUCGACUACUUGAAGAAGAAAUACCAACCGCAGGAAAAGAAGGAAGCGAAGACAAAGACACCCACUGCUGCUGCAAAAAAGAAGAAUACAGCUGGAUCGCCAGUGUCAAGCUUCCCAUUACCUUGUUCGGCACACUUCUGCGCGCACGACUUCUUUAAAGACUCGCCGUGGUUAAAUAUUCCGCCGCACCGGAAGGCGGAUAUCCUCAUUGAACCGCUGUUUCCUGGACUUGGGCUGCUUGGGGGUUCGUCCUCGGAGAAACCGGGGAAGAUGUCGAAACUGGCUGCUCUGGCUGCUGCGCGCAAGAGAAAAGAGAGUGAGAAACAAAAGCCUCAGGGUGACAAGGGAGUGAGUGGAUCGUCUCUGGGUACUCCGGAAGAAAAUGCCCAGGAGCAAGGGAGUAAGGCUCUCUCAUUGCGGGAUCGGCUGGCAGGAGUUGGGAGAAGCAGGACGUCUCCUACUUCCAGGCCGAUUGGAACCACGAUGGGAGGGAGCGGGACGCCAGGUAAUGAAUCAUUACAGACGGCCGAUUCUGUGAGAGCAGCUUCAAAUGUGCCGGAGAAGGCACAGAUACAACACGAAAAGCCUGCACUACCUGAAGUUACUGAACUACUGGCCGCAGACCCGUCUGAGUUUGCGGCAACUAUAAUUGGGGAAAAGCGAACGCCAAAGGCCACCAUACCGUCCAGCGUCCCACCCGACGAAUAUAACCUGUUCAACUUUGUCGUUCAGGAUCUUACUGAAGUUUAUAAUUUUGCAGAACCCAGCCCCGAUGAUAUCGUUAUAGGAGCCCAGAAUGCCGCCAAAGAAAAAAAGGCGAAACGGAACGCAAAUCAACAGGUAACCGGAAAGGCCCAGGGUGACCUAGCUGGUAGUGUACAACAGCUCUCAGUCGAAACGGUGAAAGUGAAGAGCAAAAAUUUGAAUGUAUUAGAGGAACAUCGCAAAGCAAAGAGGAAGAAGGCUGCAAAUUUUGUUGUUAUUGGCCAUGUUGACGCAGGCAAGAGCACGCUGAUGGGAAGGCUGUUAUAUGACCUUAAAGCUGUUGACCAGCGGACACUAGAUAAAUACCAGCGUGAAGCUGAUAAAAUCGGAGACAUCUUCAGAGGAGGCAUCCAGAACCCGCUCUCGAUAUCUGGGAGGAUCGAUGCUGGCCAUCUCCAGAUGGGAGACCAGCUACUCGUCAUGCCAAGUGGGGAGAAGACAGUUGUCAAAAGCCUGGAAGUUGAUAGCGAGCCUGUAGACUGGGCUGUGGCGGGGCAGAAUGUCGUCCUCCACCUGGCUGACAUUGACCCGAAACACCUUAGGAUCGGUGACAUCGUCUGCAGCCCGAUCUCGCCGGCGCAAAACAUCACCUCUUUCACAGCCAAGGUCCUCGCCUUUAACCACCUGACGCCGAUGCAUAUCGAUGUGCACCGAGGGCGCCUGCAUGUUCCUGGCCGUAUCACGCAGCUGGUGGCUACGCUGGAUAAGGGGUCAGGGAAGGCAACGAAGCGGAGACCCAAGAUUGUGGCUCCGGGCAAUGUGGCGAGGGUGCUGGUAGAACUCGAUCAGUCUAUCCCGUUGGAGGCUCCUGCGCGAGUAGUGUUGAGGGCUUCUGGGGACACCGUUGCCGCCGGGCUGCUCGAGUGA